CACUUUCGCUAAGUCGAUUCCCAUUCAAUCGCGCUGCUUGUUUUGUAACAACUGUGUGUCGUAUUAUACCUGUUUGUCCGGGAACUUGCUGUUUAAGUUUAUGCUUGUUUUAUUUGAUCGGGAAGAGAAUCCAGAUUGUUAAGCACUUUCAAUCGGAUGUUUACAAGAUAUUGAGAAAGUUCCAAGGCUCUGUUUUUGACGUAGCAAGUAAUUUACCUGCCGUUUUAACUACAUAAGUUUUUGGCUCGAUUCUCAACAAAAUGGCUGGAUACGCCACUAAAUUGUCUGUUGUUGCCCUGUGUAUUUUCUUUGGCGCUAUUCACCAGUGCUUAGGCAAGCGAGUGAAGUACGACUAUGAGUAUGACUACGAGCCCAACUGGCCUUCACUCGACUCCAGACCCUUGCCUCCCUGGUACGACGAGGCCAAGAUAGGCAUCUUCAUGCACUGGGGGGUCUUCUCCGUGCCCAGCUUCGGCUCAGAGUGGUUCUGGUGGUACUGGCAGGGUCAACCGCAAGCGCCGUAUGUGGAGUUCAUGAAGGAGAACUACAGGCCGGGGUUCACCUACGCUGACUUCGCGUCUAUGUUUACGGCCGAGUUCUUCGACCCAAAUGCAUUCGCUGAAAUUAUUGAAGCAUCCGGCGCAAAGUACUUUGUUUUGACCAGCAAACAUCAUGAGGGUUUCACCAACUGGCCCUCCAAGUAUUCCUGGAACUGGAACGCCAUGGAUGUCGGUCCCAAGAGAGAUCUAGUUGGUGAGCUGGCAACAGCGAUCCGGACCACCGCCAAGGAUGUUCAUUUUGGCCUGUACCACUCCCUGUUUGAAUGGUUCAAUCCACUGUUCUUACAAGACCAGAAGGCUGGAUUCAAAACACAGGCUUAUGUCCAGGAUAUCUGCCUGCCUGAGUUGUAUGAGAUUGUGAUGAGCUACAAGCCUGACUUGCUGUGGUCCGAUGGAGAUUGGAGCGCCACCCCGGAUUACUGGAAUAGUACAGAAUUCUUGGCCUGGCUCUACAACAGUAGUCCAGUGAAAGACACCAUCGUAACAAACGACAGAUGGGGCAGCGGGACUUUGUGCCAACACGGCGGAUACUACACCUGUUCUGAUAGGUACAAUCCAGGCACCCUGCAGAAACACAAGUGGGAGAACGCCAUGACCAUCGACAAGAAGUCAUGGGGCUACCGUCGUGAAGCUACCCUCGCCGAUUAUCUUAGCAUAGAUGAACUGGUUGCAAUUCUUGCUCAAACCAUAAGCUGCGGCGGCAACCUGCUGAUGAACAUUGGCCCCACUCAUGACGGUCGCAUUGUGCCAGUAUUUGAAGAGCGACUGCGUCAGAUGGGUGCCUGGCUGAAGGUCAACGGUGAUGCCAUCUAUGCAUCCAAGCCCUGGAGAGUGCAAAACGACACAAAGACCAAAGAUGUCUGGUACACUUCCAAAAUGGAGGGGUCCUUGCUGUCUGUGUUUGCCAUUGUUCUGGAUUGGCCAGUCACCAACCAGCUGCUGCUCGGUGCACCCAUAGCAACCAACCAGACCCAAAUAAACAUGCUCGGCUACUCCAUACCCCUUCAGUGGAAACAAGCACCAUCCGGCGGGGGGAUCGUGGUUACCAUGCCAGCACUGAACCCAGCCCAGUUGCCAUGUCAGUGGGCAUGGGUCAUCAAAAUGCAAACAGUGCAGUAAUAAGGCCAAAAAGUCUCUGUUUUCUGGUCAGGAGCCGACUCCGAAAGUGGCGCGGCGACAAAGCUUUUUUCCACACUCACUUUUUUUUCCGUAAAUGAUGUACGUAUAUAACACGUGAUGUCCAUCAUGACCGCCUGCGCACAUAACACCGGCCACUAUCAACACUAAAAUAGACUGGCCUCCAUACUUUUACUGUUUAAAAGCAUUUUCAGCUUGUACAUGUACACAGGACAUAAAACCACCUCAUUUGUCUGGUUCCCAGACGUAAUAGUGUAAUGGAGAAAUGAUGUCAUGAGAAAAAGGCUGCCCAACUACAUGUAAAUGUAUUGGGACCUAGAGGGAUUCCUUUACUGUACAUAUUACUCAACCGUACCUAUCGUAAACACAUAAAUAUUACACAGUAGCUGAACUUCAGUCGAUCAAGCAAGUUUGGCAACUUUUUGACAUCGUUUUAUGCCAAAUAAAAAGCCUUUUUAUUUCAGUGCCAACACAUAGGUCUACGGUGACACACGUGCUGACCAGAAAACUGGAGACUUUUUUUGAGGGGGCCUAAUGCACAGUUUACACAUGGUUACAGAGCAUCAUGAAACCUCCCUCCCAAGAAGCACUGUGCAGGUCUUUUGCUGUUUUUUUUUACAAAAACUGGCCCCUGAUGCUUUUUCUUAGCAUUUACAAUAGAGUAUUAUUUCCACCAUGGGGGGGGGGGCUGUCCGAAGUGAUUAUGUACCCGUUUGUAGCUUACUUUAAGGUAAAAUAUAGCUAAUGGGCAAAAGAGUAAUUUUGUAUGGUACUUAAAGAAUCUAGUUACCUCAGCAGUUACGACAGGGAUAACAGUUGAAGUUUUUAUUGGCUAAUUCUACAAUUAGGAGUACAUUGGAGCAACAGCCAUUUGUCACCCAGCGGUCAUUUUUCCCUGGUAGCCUGUGUACAAAAUGGGCAUCAGGCAAUAUCAUACAGUGGUUGAAAAUGACCAUGGCCCCAACAUGCCCCAAAAGUAGACUUCCUUGUGGAUCAUGCCACAGUUAGAAACUGUAAAUUGAAUAUAAUUAUGCUUGUAGUUAAAACUCUAUGGUUACGGUUGUAGUUGCAGUCAAUGAUGGUAGCAGAAGUGUUCUCAAAACACUUUGAUUGAUGUUUGUUAGUUUGUCAGUUUUUUACCAUAAAUGUUUGACAUUUAGUAAGUCCAUUCAAUUCUUUUAUGGAGAUUGGUUUUUAUAAUUCUGUUUAUCUUGAUAAAGUUUAUAUUUUUAUGUUUCAAUACAAACAACUGUGAAAUACAUGUAGUUGAGUCUAAUGCAUUGGAACAGUCUGUAGAAGUACAGGCACUGGCUUUUGUCGUUCGCUUUUGGAUCCUGCGAGAGCCAAAACUGUAAAUUUAAUAUAGUUAUGCUUAAAGUCACAACUACAGUCAACUGUGCAACAAAGUUGCAUGGACCAGACAAAGAACUGUUAUUGCAACCAGGUAUUUUAGUGUUAAAGGAGUGGAAAAGCAAAGAAAAACAAGGGAAUUCAAGAAACCGUUUUUCACAAAAGUUGCUUUUUAUAAGAAUAUUUUGUUGUAACAGUGUUUUUAUAUCAACUCUAAAGUUACACUUAACCCUAACAGUCCCAAAUCCUCUGAUUUCAGUAUAUUUCAAUAAGUUAGGACGAAUGAUAAUGAUAUUAUAGUUAGUAAUGGUGACUUUGUGAUUUAUUUUUUUUAGUUUACCUAGUCAGUUGCUAUGGAGGUCUAAAAUAAGUCUUGUAAGUAUGGUUGUCAAUAUGGUUGGAGUUCGUACAGUGACAGGCUUUUUAGAAAUUUGUGGAAAUUAAGUUGACAUGUGGAUAAAAGCAUUAAAAAAUUGAGGAAGGCGGGUUUUUUUAGAUGGA